AUGGCAGAACCUAAGGUCAAGUACGAUCGCCAGCUCAGAAUAUGGGGUGAUCAAGGACAAGCAGCCCUUGAGAAAUCUAGUAUUUGCUUACUUAACUGCGGUCCUACCGGUUCUGAAACUCUUAAGAAUCUUGUUCUUGGUGGAAUUGGAAGCAUCACUGUAGUUGAUGGGUCUAAAGUUGAAGAGGGUGACCUUGGAAACAAUUUUUUGGUGGACGAGUCAAGCCUCGGAAAGUCAAAGGCCAGAUGUGUGUGCUCAUUUCUUCAAGAGCUGAAUGAUGCAGUGAAAGCUAAGUUUGUAGAAGAGUCUCCUGAAACAUUGAUUGAGACAAAUCCAUCAUUCUUUUCUCAAUUCACUUUGGUUGUUGCCACUCAGCUCGUGGAAAAUUCAAUGAUAAAGCUUGACCGAAUCUGCAGGGAGGAAAAUGUUAUCUUGAUCUUUGCUCGCUCCUAUGGCCUUACAGGCUUUGUUCGAAUUAGUGUGAAGGAACAUGAUGUGAUUGAGUCCAAGCCUGAACAUUUUUUGGAUGAUCUCCGGUUAAAUAAUCCUUGGCCUGAACUCAAGAGAUUUGCAGAUGACAUUGAUUUGAAUGUACAAGAUCCUGUGGCCCAUAAGCACAUACCAUAUGUUGUCAUUCUUGUCAAGAUGGCUGAUGAGUGGGCCAAAAGCCAUGGUGGUAGGCUUCCAUCAACCAGAGAAGAAAAGAAGGAGUUCAAGGAGCUUCUUAAGGCUGGGAUGGUUGCACAAGAUGAAGAUAAUUAUAAAGAAGCUAUUGAUUCAUCAUUCAAAGUAUUUGCUCCCCGAGGAAUAAGUGCGGAGUUGCAACAGAUACUAAAUGAUAGUUCUGCUGAAGUGGAUUCUAACUCAUCAGAUUUUUGGGUAUUGGUGGCAGCCCUGAAGGAUUUCAUUACAAAUGAAGGUGGUGGGGAAGCUCCUCUUGAAGGAUCUAUACCAGAUAUGACUUCUUCUACUGAGCAAUAUGUGCAUUUGCAGAAUAUCUAUCACGCAAAAGCUGAGGCUGAUUUUCUUGUAAUAGAAGGUCUAGUGAGAAGUACAUUGAAGAAGAUUGGUAGAGAUUCAAAUAGCAUUCCAAGGUCAACGAUUAAAAGCUUCUGUAAAAAUGCUAGAAAACUCAAAGUUUGCAGGUACCGUCUAAUUGAAGAUGAGUUUAACUCUCCAAACCUACCUGAUUUACAGAAGUACUUAACUGAUGAGGAUUACAGCAUUGCUGUGGGAAUUUAUAUUUUGCUUCGUGCUGCUGACCGGUUUGCUGCUAACUACAACAGUUUUCCAGGACAGUUUGACAGUGCAAUGGACGAGGAUAUACCACGAUUAAAGAGCACAGCAAUUAGCUUACUUAAUGACUUGGGAUGCAACGGUGCCACUUUGGCUGAGGACCUUAUCAGCGAGAUGUGUCGCUUUGGUGCUGCAGAGCUUCAUGCUGUUGCUGCUUUGGUUGGAGGAAUUGCAUCGCAAGAAGUGAUCAAGCUCAUAACAAGGCAAUUCGUACCAAUGUCUGGAACCUACAUAUUCAACGGCAUUGACCACAAAUCGCAGCUGCGUUAUGCCCGGUAA